CGGAACCCGCACGAAAUGGAGACCAGAGUGAUUCUCGUUGUUCUAUGCAGCCUUUGCUUGUCGCUGGAAUCAGCAAAUUCAUUGAAAUGUAGAACAGGAGUCCAGCAGGCAAACACUCAGUACGAAAAAAUCAUGCAGAUUUGUAAGAAACGAUCCACGACUGAUGAUGAUGAUUAUAACGAUUCUUCGUCAAAUGAAGACGAAGAUAACGAUGACUCCUCGAGCAUAGAUUUGUUUGGUACAAAGUUUUACAUGAGUGGCGGCAACAAGUUCUCCAACAGGCAGUCUUGGAAAGAUCUGAAUGAAAAUCGGAAUCGCGGGAAUGAUCAGAAAAACGGUAACGAUCGGCGUUAUUCCGUCAAUCACACAAAUGGAAACUGGAGAAAUGCUCAACAUCCUUCUCGUGGCAACAGUAAUCGUGAUUUUAAUAAUUUCGAUGGAGCAGGCAGACCGAGCUACGACCAGAUGUACAAUGGCAAUUCUGACAACUACAAGCAACAGGAACAAGCUUGCAUCACCCAGUGUUUCUUCAACGAAUUAAAUAUGGUGGAUCAAAGGGGAUUCCCCGAGCAAGUCUUAAUCAUCCAGUUUUUGACACGUAACGUACACAAUCCGGAACUACAGGACUUUAUUGAGGAAGCUGUCAUAGAAUGUUUUCAUUAUUUGGAUUCGGACAUGGGGCAGAACAAAUGUUAUUUCUCGGAAAAUCUCCUAACUUGUUUGAUUGACAAAGGAAAGGAAGUAUGUAUACACAAAUUUAUCAACAGAAUUGUUUAAACCUAACAUAUGUGGACAUUUUAAGAUUUCUCUAUCUUUCAUACAAUAAAUUUCUAAGUAGAAGUUCAAAUCUGCACCCGAAAAUUGCAAUUUAGUUAGCAAACGAUUGAAAAUCUUAAAAAAUUGUUUAAGAAUAAAUUUCACAAACACAGGGAAUUGUAAUAUUCUUUGUAAUUAACAUGAUAAUUUUUCUUUCAGAGAUGCGAAGAUUGGGAUAAUUAAUAAUACUAUACAGACGUCUUGUAUAUGUAUAUAAUAAUUGACUCGCUAUGUAUACUUUCUUCGAAAUGAAAAGAAAUAAGGAAUGGGAAGAAUUAAUCAUUCUUUCCUAAAACUACGAUUUAAAUAGAUAUUAUAUACACUUAUUGAACAUUGUGAAGCACAUAUAAUAACUAUAAAAAGAUAUUACAUUAA